AUGACGCAGCGCCGAGCUUCCGCGCAGGCCCGGCCCGAGUCCGUUAUGGCCGCCGCCCUGGGGAGGAUGAGGGUCCCCGCGCGGGCGCCGGGGCUGCCGACCCGCGGAGGGCUGGCGCCGCCGCUGCUCCUGGCGCUCGUGCUCGCGUCCGCCGCGGCCAUCGAGUCACUGGAUAAUGCCACACAUGACACAAAGAAUUCUCCUCUAAUCGUACACAUUUCAAAUUCUGAAAACGAAACCAAACCUGGUUCCCACAUCAAUACCACUGUCCCUCCCUCGACCAGCACUGAGAAGAGUGGAGGAGCGUCUGAAGCCCCCACGCCCCUGCCCACCGCUUCUGUGUCCCUCGAGGAGGCCGACAGCAAUGACCAUCCCAGCAUGGAAGAUGAGGAUCUUCUUUCCCUCAAUAGUUCUCCUUCCACAGCCAAAGACACUCUGGACAAUGGAGACUACGGAGAACCAGACUACGACUGGACCAGCAACCCCAGGGAUGAGGAGCCUGAGGAGGCUCUGGAAGAAAGCAGGGCUUAUGUGGGAAUCGAACAGUCAGUGAAAUCUUUUAAGGCGCCAUCCUCAAAUAUGGAAGAGGAAGAUAGCCAUUUCUUUUUUCAUCUUAUUAUUUUUGCUUUUUGUAUAGCUGUUGUUUAUGUUGUAUAUCACAACAAAAGGAAGAUUUUCCUCCUUGUCCAAAGCAGGAGAUGGCGGGAUGGCCUUUGUUCCAAAGCAGUGGAAUACCACCGUCUGGACCAGAAUGUCCAUGAGGCUAUGCCCUCCCUCAAGAUUACCAAUGACUAUAUUUUCUAAAGCACUGUGAUUGGAGUUUGCUUUUUAUGUAAUUUUAUUUGCUUGACUUUUUAUAUUGUGCAGAUGUUUGCCAUAGGCAAUUGGUACUUUAAAAUGAGAGGUGGAUCUCUCUUUUGCCUUGGUGCUUUGGGGGUCAAUGUCACAAACAAGGAGCAUAGGAACUUUUUGUCUACUUUAGAGCUGAGUUUAAUCAGGUGUCUGAAAUGUGAUUUAAGCAUUACCUUGUAUCUGUGCUGUUUUUAUUGUCUUGUCUGCUGUCCUUCUGGAAGGCGUGCCCCUUUGGCAAGAUCCCGAAUCUGUGGCUGUUCCCAGUGCUGAGACAUUCUGCCAUACAAGUGCUGUUGUCUUGCUUUGCCGUUUUUUAAAUUAAAAAAAAUUUUUUUUUGAGAUGGAGUCUUACCAUGUAGCCCAGAGUAGCCUCAAAAACUUUUUUUCCCUAAAUCGAUACCUAUUUCUAGAAGCUUUGAAUCAAGCAAGUAUAAGGAGAAAUAAAAACUACCAAUUCUAGGAAUGUUAAUUUGAAUAUUUUUUGCCUUUAUCUUUCCCGUGUUUGUUCUGUGUGUCGUCAUGUCACCAAGCAUCCAGUGCACACGCGCACGUGUGGCCUCUGCGAACAGCAGUAGCCCUCAGCGCGUGCCCUCCGGCCCCAGCCUUCCGCGUCCCGGUGUGACGGGCGGCUUACCACGCACAGUCCUAACGUUGCUUUUUAGAGUCCUUGACCUUAAUGCACAAGGAUAUUAUAUGAUAUAAUGCUUUGUAUGAAAGUAAUUUUUUUUUCUCUCAAAACUGCUCUGGAUGUUUUUGGGCAGCUUUAGGUAAUGCAGCUGCUGCUUAAUCUGACUACAAUUUUCUGUGAGACAUAGACAUGUCUUGAGGUUCUGGCAAGAGACUGCAGUUUGCAGGGAGCAUAGAUGAAUAAAUGUUACUUCGGUUUGAAUGACUGAACUAAACUUAGAGGUGGGAACUGCUGAGCUGCAUGGAGCGCGCAGCAGGUACUGCUCACCAAGUCCAGCGUGUCAAGCACUGGGCGGGGUGCAGACUUUGUACUGUGGUUUCUCACUUACUCAGACCAAGUGUGAACACGGUGGAGAGGCCAUUAUCACUUAACACUGUAUCCAGGUCUUUCAGAUUAAAGGGACAAUUGCAAGGAGCUCUGUAGACAUGAAAGACAAGCGUGUCGAACGCUCUGUCUUCUGCCUUGCUUUCUCCCCACCGCCCAGCAACCGGAAGUUACGUACUGCGUUUCAUUUUAGCCUGUCUUUUUGUUAUAAAGAACUGAUCAGGAUGUAAAUAUGCAAUUUGAACCGUGGUUAACUUACAGGUGUCGCUACAGCUUUCUAGAAAACAUGCUUCACUAUGUGUUCAACAAGGCCCAGAUGAGCCAGUGGCCGCGUGCUCGGGGUAGAUGGAACAGCCUGUCCUUCCUCUCCGGACAGCGCUGCCCGUAGGCGGGGCGGCCUCAUGGAAGUAGCCAAGAACUGUCUUGUUGCAGUCACUUCUUUCACAUUUGAAAUGGUUUUAUUUAAUAUUUUGAGUAAGAUUUUAAAUAAAUGGUAAAGACAUGAACCUA